AGCUUUGGCAUAUAAUGAUUUAAAUAUUUGUUUGUAUCAUUGAUAUUUUUUUAUUCUUUUUAUUAUUUAUUACUUUUUUAUUGGCUGCAAGGCAAGCAUCCAUUACGUCACCAUUUGUUUAUAUUCUUGAUUUUGACAUGUGUGCUCUGAAAAAAAAGCCACAGGUUGCUGGCCAGCCAGAAAUAUUACGUUCAUUUCAAAAAGAUGAAGAAUAUAUUCAUUCCUUGAGAAGUGCAAUUUCUGAUCUUGUUCAAAAACUUACAGGCAUACCCUUUUGGAUCAAAUGGAAGGAUUUCAUUGACACAUCAUCUGAUUUUUUAUUUUUUAGUCUGACUACAUUGUCUGGUUUUCAAACUUUGGGAGAAGAAUAUGUGAAUGUAAUUCAAGUUGAUAAAACUUUAAGAACAAUUCCUUCAAAGACGAAAAGGUUCAUAGAUGUCUUUACAAAAACUUUUGGACACUACCUGUUGCUACGGUUCCAAAAAUGGAUUGAAAGUCAUCCUAGUUUAUCAUCUGAAACUAUCAUGAAAUGUGAUCCUGAUUCACUACUUCCAAAAAUUGUGCCUUAUCUGCCAAUCGUGUUCAGAGCUCUGACUGUUGUGCAACGAUUGCAUUUAAUUGCAUUUUACUUGAAUGGAACCUACUAUGACUUUUCAAAGCGAAUAACUGGCAUAAAAUUUGUUGUUAUUCGACGAUGGCUGACUAAUCCAGAGUACCAGAAGCCGUUCAAAUUGCUUGGAUGGCUAGCUGCUUCACAACUGCUCAUUAGUUUGUUUCUUGCUGCAUACUCUGUUCAUAUUCAAAGAACAGCAUUAUCUUUAACAGGAUCAAAAACACUGCCUUCAACUGCAGUGGAGACUGUUACACCAGAAAAACAGUGCCCUCUCUGUUUGGAAAAUAGAAAGCAUAGUACAGCAAUACCUUGUGGACAUAUGUUUUGUUGGUCUUGCAUUACUUCAUGGAUGCAAAACAAGGAGGAGUGUCCAUUGUGUAGAGAAAAGUUUUCUCCAUCAAAACUCCUGCUUUUGCAGAAUUAUCAUUGAUGGUUUAUCGUGCUUACAGUUGUGAUAAAAAUGUUGUCAGUUAAUAUGUAUAUACAUAAAUAAAAUAUUUUAAU